AUGGCUGACCUUGUGGAGGUGGCCACGAUCGUCCAGGCCUACAAGAUGCCGACCUGUCCGGAUCCCCGUGUCCGCGGUAUCGCUGACGGCCAAUUGUGUGAGGUCGCCCGUCGACGGAUAGGUCGCCCCCCGACGCCCGAUGACCUGGCUCGCUACUUGUCGGGAGAUCUGUGCGGAGAGUUCGGUAGGGACGGUGGCGACGUUUCGUCCCUCUGGACAAGAGUGCGGAACGCUACGCGGAGACUCGCGAAUAGACUGCCCAUUGAGUGGUCGGCCGCAAGCGGAACCCUGUGCGUGCGGUUGGGCCGAGAUGACCCCGCGGGGGCUCACCCGAUUGAGCCCACUGGCCGAAAUCUUGAGUGGAAAUUGAAGGAUGCAAUCCGCCAUUUGUAUGCAUCCCUCCUGGUCCGAAAACCUGACCAAGGUAAAACCUUCAGGUGCUUCUCGGGGAGUGCGGCAAGUAGCCACUUCAUGAGAAGCGGGUUCGCAACUCGCUUCUGUGAUUGGAGAUUCAUUCACAGAGCCAGGCUGGGCUGUGUACCCUUGAAUGCUACCCGGAGGUUUGGCGACGGAGACAAGCGAUGCCGUCGAUGUGGCGAGCACAAUGAGACGCUGCCACACGUGGUCAACCACUGCAAGAUCCAUUCCGCGGCGUGGCAGAGGCGGCACAACGCCGUGCAGGACAGGCUGGUCAAGGCCAUUCCGGCCAGGAUGGGGGUGAUCCACGUCAACAAGCGGGUUCCCGGUUCUGAUUCCGCACUGAGACCGGAUAUCGUGGUGGUGGAUGAGACCAAGAGCAGGCUCACGGUGGUCGACGUCGCGAUCCCCUUUGAGGGAGGGCCUUUGGCGCUCGAGGGAGGGCCUUUGGCGCUCGAGAGAGCCAUAGACGCGAAACUCGCGAAAUAUGCCGCCCUUGCUGAGGAGAUGAGAGCGAAGGGGUGGGAGACCACGGUUGACGCCUUGAUCGUGGGUGCCCUGGGAUCGUGGGACCAGGCGAACGAACCGGUGUUAAAGAGGUGCGCGGUUUCGCCGCGUUACGCGACCUUGAUGCGCCGCCUGAUGUGCAGUGAUACCAUCAGGUGGUCCCGAGACAUCUACGUGGAGCACGUUUCCGGUGUCAGGCAGUACAGCCAGCCUGGCAUGUGCGGCACCGCCGAUUCGACUCUAUCUGCACCCGUAUCGUGA